GAGACCUGGUGCAACAAUACAUAUAGGGGCUAGGUCAGCAGGUGUAACACUUCUGCCUAUGGCGCGCUAGUCUAAAUAUAGACUUUACGUUUCCCUGCCGCUGUUAGAAUCCAUGACAUUCGCUCAGUGUAUGAUCGUCAGUCUGAAUUAUUUUACGUGGAGUUUAUUUAGACGUGCGUGUCGGACUACUCUCAGUCAUUCAAAGAAAAGAUCUAUACAAAGACGCUGACAAACAACAAUGGCUUCCAAACUGGCUGUUGUGGCCUUGGUGAUGGUUGGUCUGACCUUUUCAUUGUGGACGGUAGCCAUGUUUACACCAGGGUGGCUAGUAAUUUCCAUUACUGACGAAACGUAUCCACAGGGGAUGGAGGGAUCGUUCAGUAUAUUUUAUUAUCGGAUGUGUGCAGCUUCUAUUUGCAAGACUGGCUCUCUGUCUUCAUCUCAGGAGGGUGACUCGUCUAAUCAAAUAGCGAAAAUGCCUCAUUUCGUCGAGAUCCAAAUGGAAGCAUGCUUCGCUCUCAUCCUCUGUGGUGCUGGUUUCAUAGUACUGCUGAUAAAUAUGAAGUCUGUCCUUCCACAGUCCUCCAGGAUUGUUACAGGGGGAAUUCUGAUCUUGCUGGGAGUGGCAUCUGAAUCCACACUCGUCGGUCGAAUGAUUGACGCUAACAUCAAAGUGAACAACGCAUUCAAUGUGUUGCUUGAGAUGACAUCCUCAGGACUUCUAUCAUACCGCGAGGACUACCGUCUGGGAAUUCAAUACUCCAUCAUCGUUGCGUCACUCGGCGUCAUCACCGGUAUCUUCUCUUGCCUCGUUGUGAUCUCUCUCUACUGCAGAAAUCGGAACUCGUCAGCAGAGGACCAUCAAGUGUUGGAGGUGUACCCCUCAGCUGCUGAUAAUUAUUAACUUCACGAGAAAUGACCGACAGGUGGACUGAAUCUCGGUGACCAAAAUUUAUAUAUUUGGAGUUUGUAUUCACCUUUGUAAUACACAUGGUAGAGAUUUGAUAUUAUCAUAUAUCAUUGCAGACUUUGUUUAAAUGUAUGUACAUGUAAACUUUACAACAAAUCAUUUCCUAGAGAAAUUGUUUUUAUAUUUGUUUGAAUUUAUGUUGACACUAAUUUUUUGGUGUGUAAUGUAUUGCAUACAGCGAGGAUGUAAAUGACUUUUCAGGUGGCUGUUUAUCCGUUAUCAAAUUCCGUUAUAUCGGAGUGAUACUGUAUAUUGAUAUUAUAAAAUUUGUAGUUGUAUAAAAAGAAAAUUUCACUUCAUAAUGACUUCCUUUCGAAAUGUAAAAGCCAAAAUAAAUACCAGCAAUGUAUUGCUUGUCCGUACAUAGUUUAUAACCUAGCCUGAUAACUCUGUGUGUUAAAGGUUCGAAUCUAGUAGGAGUUUUAAUUUUCUAUUGAAACUACAUUUUUUCACUUGUUGUGUUUUGCUUUCGGAAUAUCACCCUCCACUUUCCAUCCAUGAAUACCUUAUCAGUGUUUUACCCUAAUGUGAGAUUUCUAACUUGUGAAUGUUGUAGUGCCUGAACCUGCUGUAAAUAUGCUUUAAAUUGUUGUCAUUGUCCUUAGUCGUACUACAAUUAAUAAACUACACGCAUGUUCAUGUUAAA